AUGGCGUCGGGGUCCAGGGCUACCGUACCUGCAGACGCAGUCCGAGCCGUCAGCCCCGGCAGGGGGGGCGAGAAGGUUGUCUACGCGUACCCCGGGGACACGGUGGCGGCGGCGGCCCUGAAGAGCGCGGCGUCGCGGGUGCGCUCCGUGGUGGCCUCCCCGCGCUCGGUGAAGGCGAAGGCGGCCCGGCGGCGGCUCCAGCUCCUGCGGGACUCUGAGGCUGAGGGUCCGGGGGAGGCGGCCGCGCAGGAGGAAGGGGAGCCCCUUCUCCCAGUGCCUGAGGAGGAGGAAGCGCAGCCGCUGCCCCCCGUCUGCGUGUCCCCCAUGAGGGGCAUGUGGCGGGACGAGAAGGUGGCGCUGUAUUGCGACGUGGUGCUGCAGGGCUGUAAGGCAGAAGAUGCUGAUGAGGCUAUGAGUAAAUACCUAUCAGAAAAAUUAAAGUCGAAAGACAAAUGGUUUGGAGUCUGGAAGACUAAUCCUGAAUUAUUCUUUGUGAAAUAUGAUGAAGCUUCUAUACCUUUUGUUGGUAUACUGGUUGAGGUAACUUGUGAACCAAGCCAAAACUCAUCAUCCUGUUUCAAAGUUACUGUUUCUGUUGCUGAGCCCUUUUCUUCUAACAUUGCAAAUAUUCCAAGAGAUUUGGUUGAUGAGAUAUUAGAGGAACUGGAGCACAGUGUGCCUCUCUUGGAAGUGUAUCCUGUUGAGGGACAAGAUGCUGAUAUACGUGAUAUUGCUCUGGCCUUGGAAACUGUAAGGUUUUUUUAUGACUUUCUUUGGAGAGACUGGGAUGAUGAAGAGAGUUGUGAGAAUUAUACUGCUCUUAUUGAAGAAAGAAUUAAUUUGUGGUGUGAAAUACAGGAUGGAACAAUACCUGGUCCUAUUGCACAACGUUUUAAAAAAACUUUGGAGAAGUAUAAAAGCAAGCGUGUCGAGCUCAUUGAGUAUCAGAGCAAUAUUAAAGAAGAUCCAUCUGCAGCAGAGGCUGUUGAAUGCUGGAAAAAAUACUACGAAAUAGUAAUGCUCUGUGGAUUGCUGAAAAUGUGGGAAGAUUUACGCCUCCGAGUUCAUGGACCUUUCUUUCCAAGAAUUCUGAGGCGUAGGAAAGGAAAAAGAGACUUUGGAAAGACCAUAACACAUAUUGUAGCAAAAGUGAUGACUACUGAAAUGGUAAGAAAUAUACUCUAUUCUUAUUUUCUGUCUCCAAAGUAUUUAGAGUAUGUAGUAUGUAAUACCAGCACAAAUGAAUUUACAGGCGUUGGAAAGAGAGAGGAAAUUUUGAUCACUUCUGAACCUUCUCAUGACAGUUUUGUGGUGUCCAAAGCUGCCAACGUGAAACUAAUGCAUCUGUCUCUGAUACAACAAGGGACGGUUGACGGAAUCGUGGUGGUGGAAUCUGGCCACAUGACUCUAGAAAACUGCGUAUUAAAAUGUGAAGGAACAGGAGUGUGUGUUCUUACGGGGGCCGCUUUGACAAUUACGGACAGUGAAAUAACUGGUGCCCAGGGUGCUGGUGUUGAACUGUAUCCUGGGAGCAUAGCCAUUUUGGAAAGAAAUGAAAUUCAUCACUGUAAUAACCUGAGAACUAGUGACAGUUCAAAAAGCACCUUAGGUGGAGUUAAUAUGAAGGUUCUUCCAGCUCCCAAAUUGAAGAUGACUAAUAAUCAUAUUUACAACAACAACGGCUAUGGAGUAAGCAUUCUUCAACCAACUGAACAGUUUUUUAUUGUAGCAGAAGAAGCUGUGAACAAAGGAGCUGCUUCAGGAGAUAAAAAAGAUGAUAAAACGCUCUCCAAAGUAAUGCAAAAUCUGAAUCUGGAAAUGAAUAAUAAUAAGAUAGAAGCAAAUUUAAAGGGGGAUAUCAGAAUAGUCACAAGUUAAAGCAUUCGAUUAAAGUUUUAUAUUUCAGAAAUUCGUUUAAUAAAUACUUCUCAUAUCCCACUGAAAUGGUAGUUUAUAUUAAAUUGAAAGCUUAUUUAAUUAAAACAU